AUGCCUCCCACACUCGGCCCAGAGCUCGCCGAGUCCCCGCUCUCUCGGCCGUAUUCCACCCAAGGCGUCUCUCUAAGCCGGUCCUCGACCAGCUCCUCCCGAACCUUCCCCGAUAACGCCUCGAUCGGCAGUUCUCCUGCCUACUCGUCCUCUUCGCUCUCCAUCCCCUUCGAAGACGGCGAGGUAGAUGUUGUCAGAGUAGAGGGUCUGCGCCACGCCACAUACAAGCUAGAGGCCCGAAUGGACUUAUCUGCCCCGGCGAUACAAGACCCCUUCCUUCGCGAGGACCUGCUGAAAGUCCUCCGCACCCUCCGCGCGUCCUCAUGGUCCGAGCCGAACGUCACCCCGGAGCAGGUUAGCAUCCAGAAGGUCUCAGGCUCCCUCACCAAUGCCGUUUUCUUUGUCUCCUGCCCCUCGCAACCGAGAUUGCGCACCAUGCUGCUCCGCAUAUACGGACCCUCCUCCGGUACGCUCAUCAACCGCUCGCGCGAACUGCACAUCCUCCACGUGUUGUCCUCUAAGUACCACAUCGGCCCUCGUGUUUAUGGCACAUUCGAAAACGGCCGCGUGGAGGAAUAUUUCGAUGCCGUGGCACUGACGGCGGCCGACCUGCGCGACCCUGAAGUGAGCUCGUGCAUCAGCGCCCGCAUGGCGGAGCUGCACGGCGUGGACGUUGACGCGGUCGAGUUCGACGCGCAAUCAUCAGAUGGCGCCGAAGACCGUGGAGUGCAGCUCGGGGUGAAUAAGAACGUCCCAGCGUGGCUGGCGUUUGCACGCGAGGUUCUCUCGUUACCCUCUGCCCCAGCCGAGAUUCGCGAGGGGCUCGACCUGGACAGGUUCGAGCGCGAGUGGGAGCUGUACACGCGCUGGCUGGAUCAGAAGGAAAUGACAGACGGCCUCAGCAGGCGAGUGUUCUCCCACAAUGACACCCAGUACGGCAACCUGUUGCGCAUGCGGACGCUCAAGGAAGGCCAGCCGGCCCAUCGUCAGAUCAUCGUCGUGGACUUCGAAUACGCCUCUCCGAACCCAGCGGCGUUUGAUAUUGCCAAUCACUUCCACGAGUGGACGACGAACUACCACGGACCAAACCCACACUUGCUCGACCCUGCGCGCUAUCCCUCUCUCGAUGAACGCCGGAACUUCUACCGCGCGUACCUCACCCACUCGGCCCCGCAGUCGGAUGCGCGGUCCCCGGCGGUGGAGGAGGUGGACCAUCAGGCGGUGCAGAAGCUGGAAGACCAGGUCCGGGUAUGGAGCCCGGCGUCUCAUGCAAUGUGGACAGUUUGGGGCGUUGUGCAGGCGCGCGAGUUUAUCGAAGGCCAGGACGGCGAGCCCGAGUUCAACUACCUCGGAUAUGCGGUCUGCCGCAUGGAGGGCUUCCGUCGAGAGCUCCGCGCACUCAGCGUCGUGUCGUAA